AUGCGGCCAACGCCACUGCUGCGCCUUCUCGACUCUCCGACCAACGUACUUCUGCUCGCCGUGUUCGUCGACAUGUUUGGCGUCGCCCUCGUGCUGCCGAACCUUCCAUUUCUCUUUGCGGAGCUGGGCGGCACGCCAGAGAGCUUUGGCGUGCUCUCCUCCGUCUACGCGAUAGCUCAGCUCACGGGCGGACUCGUCAUUGGCCUGGUCGGCGACCGCCGCCUCGGCCAGAAGCUCUCGCUCCAGAUCAGCUUUCUCGGCGCCGCUCUCUCCUACGCCGUGGCCGGCGUUGCGACGUCGCUGCUGCUGCUCGUCGCAUCCCGAGUGAUCGUCGGGCUGGCCAAGCAGACGAUGACAUGCUCGACGGCGCUUCUCAGCUCGCUCACCGACGAGGGAGGCCGCACGCAGGCCCUCGGCCGCCUCUCCUCCACUAUGGCGCUCGCCCUCUCCCUCGGCCAAGCGCUCGGCGGCAUCAUCGCCUCCCGCUAUGGGCGGCGCAUCCCGUGCCUCGCGGCGGCGGCUCUCUUUGCGGCCGACAUCGCCCUCGUGCAGCUCUGCCUUCCGCACGUGGCCGCGCGAGGCGGAAAGGGCGGCGGCGAGAGCGGCGGGGACGGCGGGAGGAGUGGCGGCGGCUCUCUCGCCUCGUACAACCAGCUGCUCGGCCUCGCGGUAGACUGGCUCCUCGUCGGCAGGCUCGCGGCCAGCCGGGGAGAAGGGCGGCUCCUCUGCCUCUGCCUCUGCCUCGCAACCCUCAACUCGCUCCUCGAGUCGCGCCACCGCGCGCUGCACCUCCCCGUCUCCGCCGUCCUCGGCCGGAUCACAAAGACGUGCCUCGCCUCGCUCUUCUCGAAGUCGGUGCCCGCCGCCGACCAGGCCCUCGUCCUCUCCGUCCUCGACAUCGGCAACUCCGCAAUCAACGUCGUCGCGCCGCUCUACGGCGGAUCCGUCGUCGGCCGGCUCGGCGUCGCGUCGCAGCCGCUGCUCGCUGCGGCGCACUACGCGCUCCUCCUCGCGCCAACCGCGCUAGUCGUGAGGCGCGCCGAGAGCGAGGCCGCGCGGAGAGGAGGCGGCGCCAAGCCAAAGGAGCUGUGA